AUGGCCCCCUCUAUCCCCAAGACCAUGAAGGCUCUGCAGUACUCAGAGCCUAAGAAGCAUAGCAUCGUUGAGGUCCCGGUGCCUGAAAUCCGUGAGAACGAUGUCUUGAUCAAGGUCAAGGCCUGCGGUGUCUGCGGUACUGACUUGCACAUUCACGAUGGUGAAUUCAUUGCCAAGUUCCCUCUCAUCCCCGGCCACGAGACCGUCGGCGUAGUCGCCGCCAUGGGGCCCAAGGUCAAAGACUUCCAGAUCGGCGAGCGAGUCGUCGCCGACAACUCCGAGCUAUGCGGAACCUGCUUCUACUGCCGCCGCGGUGACGAGUUGUUCUGUGAACACUUCGAAGCCCACGGUGUCACGAUGAACGGUGGUUUCGCCGAGUACUGCGCUUACCCAGCCGGCCGAGUCUUCAAGAUCAAGAACCUUUCCGACGUGGACGCCACUCUCCUCGAGCCCGCCUCCUGCGCCGCCCACGGUCUGGACAAGAUCGCCCCGAAGAUGGGUUCUUCGGUGCUGAUCUUCGGUGCCGGUCCUACGGGCCUCGUGCUGGCUCAGAUGCUUCGCCAGAAUGGCGGUUGCAAUGUCGUUGUCGUUGCUCCCCAGGGUCUGAAGAUGGAUUUGGCACAGAAGCUCGGCGCCGGUGAUAAGUACAUUGAGCUAUCCCGCUCGAGUCCCCAGGCUCAGUUCGAUGCUCUCAAGGCCGAGAACCCCUACGGGUUUGAUAUUGUCGUCGAGGCCACUGGUAGCCAGAAGAUCCUUGAGGACUCGAUUAACUACGUUCGUCGCGGUGGAAAGCUCGUCGUGUACGGCGUGUACUCGAACGACGUCCGUGUCUCGUGGUCGCCGGCGAAGAUCUUCGGUGAUGAGAUCACCAUCCUCGGCAGUUUCUCCGAGACUUACAAAUUCCCUGCUGCGGUUGACUACCUCGACUCUGGAAAGGUCAAGGUCGAUGGCAUUGUGAACAAGGUGUACAAGAUCGAGCAGUGGGAGGAGUGUCUUGAGGCGAUGCGCAACAAGACUGCCAUCAAGGCUGCCAUCACCUUCGACUAG